AUGGCUUCUAUCAUGGCUCCAUCUCCAAGUCCAAAGGCCCUGAUACCUCUGCUCCUAAAUGACCAGAACCAGCGUCAACAACAGCAACAACAACACCAUCACCAGUACCCUCACCAACUGCUGCUGCCGCCGGUGCUCCCGCUACCCUCGCUUCACAAGGAUCACCAGCCUCAUACCCUUCCACACUUGCACCACGACCGUCUACCGGGCCCACAAACCCUCCAACCCAUGCAUCCAGCCUACCACUACGUUCUCCCUCACCAGGUGCCUAGAGCUUCGCUGAUAUCGGGGCCUACGCUGGAGUUUUCGCCUAUUCAGACAGCGCCUUCUCAGGAGUUUGCCUACAUUCAGCUUUCGCCAGCUCUUCAUGACCAACACAGACCUUCGAUGAACCCUUACAUGGUUCCAGGGCCUGUAGCGGCUGUACCCAUGCUGGCGCCCGUGGCUCACUACCCAAUGUACCACCCUGUUGGUGCCGUGGCUCAGCAGACUCCACAUCAAGCCCAGCAUCACCACCAACCGCAGCAUCACCACCAUCACCAACCUCAGCAUCUCCAGCACCCACACCAGCUGCUGGUGCAACAACUCCAGCAUCCACAAAAACACAGGCGGUUCCGCAGGCGGUACUACCAAAUUGUCCGCAAGUACAAGUGUACUUAUCCCGGGUGCACCAAGCGGUAUGGUUCGUUAAACCACUUGAACACCCAUAUUGUUACGAAGAAGCACGGCUCGCGUAAGUCUAAAGCCGAUUUCAAGGAUCUCGACUUGGAAGACGAAAAGGAUAAGACGCCGUCGACGCCGUCGCCUGAAAGACAACACCAGCAGCAGCAGGAGCAGCAGGAGCAGCAGGAAGAGCAACCCCAAGAGCACAGGGCUUCCACAUCCAUUCUGCCCCCCACGCCGCCGGUAUCCGCCUCGACAGUGCCAGAAAAGACCACCCCAGACUCGUCGUCGUCGUACCAGAAACCUCUGCAGCCAGAGACGUCGUUGCCUACUCCACAAGCUACCAAAGCUACGUUGCCUAGAAUAUCCGAUAUUCUCGAUGCUCCAGUGAAACUCCCACUGCUUCCAUCAGUUGUUGGAUUCCAGCCCUAG